AUUCAUUCCUUACACUUUUUUUUCUUACACACACAGGUUUCAUUCAUGAAUGACCAAGGCUCGACCCACCACUCGAAUGAAGGAAAUGAUAGUGUUGUAACUGUUAAGACCUCUCACCGUAAUGCUCCCUUGUCUCUGACUGAUAUGCCUGCAGAGGUGAUCAUGCAGCUUACUAUACACCUAAGCACUCGAGACUUUGCCAGCUUCAUCCAAACCAACCGGGUCAUCUACAGUAUCACUGACUCCCAUUAUGUCUGGCACCAGCGAUUUAUCAAAAGAUUUGGCCAAGGCCUUCUUGAGGAUUAUCUGAAAAGUCAUAGUCGAGCGGCCAAGGGCAAGGACGUGUCACGACAAGCGAGCAACUCUUCCUCCAGAACUUCAACAAGGCCAUCAACACCAGAGCAGUCUACUCGUGUUGGUAAUAGCGACUUGCCGGGGACAGUUUAUUAUGACCACCUUUAUCAUAAUCAUCAGGAUCCUGCAGGACGAGAAAGUGAAAGUGGAAGCACGGAUGGCGGUGAUGAUGACGAUGACGAUGGUGAUGAUGGUAAUGAAGAUAGCAAUAGUAGAGGUGAUCAAGAUGGUGACGAUGAUGUCGAUAAGAAUGCCAAGGAAUUGCCCAGCGAAUGUAGAAAAGUGGAUCUCCGCAAAACAAACGAACUCAGCAAGAGGCAACUUAUUGAACUAUACAAGUACUAUUCUCGUGUUGUUCUUCCCGCUGAAGACUUGUACAUUUGUCAUUUAGGCGACCAAUACUGGAAGAUAGUAGAGAGUAGCAGCAGCGAGUUUGGAAAAUUGGCACAGCUCUCUUCAGUUUGGUGGAUGGAUGUUCAAGGUGUGUUCUAUGGUGUUCCCCCUGGAAGAUACAAGGUCCAGUGGCGAGUCAAAGUUACCAGUGAUGCACCGAUAAUCAAUUCAGAGUUUCGAGCAGCACUAUUCAACAGAUUUGAGGAUAAGACUGCAGUUGACGAUCGGCUAGAAACCAUCUGUUUUAAGCCUCGCAAUAUACAAGAGUUUAUGGAUCAGACUGAUUCUCAAAUUUCUAAAAAAGCUCACAAGAGGCCAUUUAGAAGGCUGUUUAAAGAGAGGUUUACAAUCCUUGAAUUACCUGGAGAUCUGGUUAUUGAGGGUGAUUUUCAAAACGUAUUUUUGCAGAUCCGUAACUUUGAAGGAUGGAAAUCAGGGCUAUUCAUUGACUAUGUCCGACUUGUAGACAUGAAUGAUCCCAAAUGGAAUAAAAAGUUAUUAUCUGCACGCUCAGGAAAUUCUUCUACAGAAGGAUCUGAGGAGGAGGUCAAUGACGAUGGAGAGGAGUAUUAUCCAAGUUCUUCGUCUUCAAGCAUCCUUCAUCAGUUUCAAAACGGACUUGGGAUCGUUCCGGAUGUGAGGCUCAAUCCACUGACGUACCGUCCCAUAACAAUUUCGCGCACAACCUCAACUCAACCGACAACAGCGAGUUCCUCUUCUACAACUGGGAAUCAGUCUGAUGAUGAAGCAGACGUUAGAUUGCGUGGAUGGUAUAGACUUUAUGCUGUCCUUAUCCUGUAUUGCCUCUAUUUUGUGGACGCAAUAGGCAUUCCGUCUAAUCUCUGCCACAUUUUGUGUGUUGUUUUUACAUUCUUACUCUUUUAGCACAUGAGCUCUCUUAAGACAAGUGAACACUUUCUCGAACGCUUUUUGUAACCGAAGACAAAUAGUAAUAUCAUUCGCAUGCUUCUCGGACUUCUUUAUCUUCCCAUUUCUUCACAUUUAUUGCUGUUAUAGCUUGUAUAUCAAUUUAAUAAAAUAUGUACU